AUGAACGUUCCCGGUUAUUUAAAAAUUUCUGACUUAUUACGUCAAAAUGAAGUAAGUGUAAAGGGUAAAGGAAAUUCCAAUGCGGCUAGUCUUGCAACAAUUUUGUUAAAUCACGCAAAUAAAAUUCAAGAAGAAUGGAAGACAAAUUUGUCGAAUUUCAAAGAAAUUCUUCAAAAAAGUCGAAGUAUUCAAAAUGAAUUUCUAGAUAAUGAAUUAUUGGAAGAUGAAUUUGGAUCUGAUCUUAUAUAUAACAACCUUCCAACUAUAUAUUACUAUGAUGAUUAUUACGACUUUGAACGGGAUAAUAAUUGUCGAUUACACAUUGCCUCAUUCUGUGAUGCAGAUGGAGCGAUAACUCCAGAAAAGUUAUGUACAAGCAUUUUUACAAUCUUAAGGUCAGGUGUGGGAGACGAUAUUCAAACUGAAUUGGUCGAUCUUAUUGGCUUCGAUAACUUAAAUUUUGUUACCACACUGGUAACUAAACGGUUCACAAUUCUUGAAAAUAUCAUUAAUAAAUCACUAUAUGUAGAAAUCCCACAAGAUUCACAGAAGUGUUCCUCAAUUACCAUAAUUCAACCUAAAGAUAAAAGACACUCAGUUAAUGACAGGGUGACGAAGCGUUUACGGAAGGAACAGAAAAAAACAAAACAAAAAAGCAAAGUGGAAGAAGAUUUGACCUCAGCAAAUAUUUUAGGGUUUAGUGUUUACAAAUUACGCGCCAUUCGGGAACAAGCUUUACGUACCUCAAGAGAUAUUCCGCUACGUCCCGAAGAUAUUACUCCAUCUGAAAAUUAUAAACACAUCUUUAGAAAUGCCCAGACAGGUAGCGUACUUUCCGUGUUUGGAACCAAAUAUCCUAUACCAGUUGGCACCAAACGUGAAGAAUUUUAUGCAAGUAAUCCAUUUUAUGAUCACGAAGAAAUUAUCAUUCCGAUUAUUAGGCGAGCUCCACACAUGGAAAAUGAAAAAUUAAUUAAUCUGAAUGAAACCGAUAAUCUUUGUAGGGGUUCGUUUAAGGCAAGUUAUAAGACACUGAAUCGUAUACAAUCACUUGUUUACCCUGUUGCAUAUAAAAAAAACGAAAAUUUAUUAAUUUGUGCCCCUACCGGAACAGAUAAAGCAGAUAUAGCCAUUCUUACAAUACUACGUACGAUCAAGGGCUAUUGCUUUCCCGAACCGUUGGUCCAACGGGAGCCUCAAGACUUUAUAAUUGAUAUAAAUGAAUUUAAAGUCGUGUAUAUUGCUCCUACGAAAGCUCUUGCUGCAGAAAUUGUAAAAAAACUUGGCGAUCGAUUAAAGUGGCUUGAUGUGAAGGUUAGAGAAUUUACAGGAGACUUGCAACUGACUAAGUCUGAAAUUUCAAAUACACAAAUCAUUGUUACAACCCCCGACAAGUGGGAUGAAAUUACAAGAAAAAGCAAUGGAGACGUCGAGCUUUCUCAAAAAGUGAAACUUCUUAUCAUUGAUGAAAUUCAUUUAUUACAUGAGGAUCGAGGUGCUGUUCUGGAAAGUUUAGUCGCACGUACCCGUCGUCAAAUUGAAUCAAGUCAAAAAAUGAUCCGUAUUGUAGGCCUUUCCGCUACGAUACCCAAUUAUGUCGAUGUAGCUCGAUUUUUAGGAGUUGAUCUUAAAAAUGGUGCCGAGGGAUUAUUUUAUUUUGACGGUGGUUUUAGGCCUGUUCCAUUAGAACAACAUUUUAUUGGUGUCAAGGGUAAGCCCGACUCAAUUAUUUCUAAUAACAACCUCAAUAUGGUUUGCUGGAAGAAAGUCUUGGAUCUCAUCAGAGAAAAACAUCAAGUGAUGGUUUUUGUUCAUUCACGUAAAGAUACUGUUAGAACGGCAAAAGUAUUACAUGAGUUUGCAUCCUAUGAUGGACAUUCAGAUUUAUUUGAUGUGUCUACUCUCAAAGGUUAUCGUCUUAAAAUUCAAGAUGUUAUGGAAUCAAGAAAUAAAGAUUUAAAAGAAUUGUUUCAAUAUGGUCUUGGUAUUCAUCAUGACGGCAUGUUAGAAGCUGAUCGAUCAAUGACAGAGCGUUUGUUUUCCGAAGGAUUUAUAAAGGUCUUGUGUUGUACUGCAACGUUAGCUUGGGGUACACAUUUAUCGGCUCAUGCAGUAAUAAUUAAGGGAACGCAAGUAUAUGAUUUUCAAAGGUGUAGAUUUGAUGAUUUAUCAAUUUUAGAUGUUAUGCAGAUCUUUGGUAGAGCAGGUCGUCCACAGUAUGAAACACAUGGCGUUGGCUAUAUUUUGACAACACAUGACAAACUAUCACACUACGUGUCUGCAAUGACACAAAAACAUCCUAUUGAAUCAAAAUUCAUAGAUAAAAUGGUUGACAAUUUGAAUGCAGAGAUUUCACUCGGCACUGUGACAAAUGUUGAUGAAGGAGUUCGAUGGCUGGGUUAUACGUAUCUAUUUGUACGUAUGAAAAUGAACCCACUUGUAUAUGGAAUGAAUUAUUCGGAACGAGAAAAUGACCCGGAGUUAGGCAAACAACGACGCAAACUUAUCGUGAAUGCUGCAAGUACACUUCAUAAAAUUGGAAUGAUCAAGUUCUACGAAGAUACUGAUUAUUUCGAAAUCCAAGAUAUUGGUCGCAUCGCUUCCAAUUAUUAUAUAACACACAAAAGCAUGGAGAUCUUUAAUGAUAAACUCAAAGUACAUAAUAAAGAAGCCAAUAUUCUAUCAAUAAUUAGUCAAAGCAGCGAAUUUGCAGAUUUGAAAUCAAGAGAAGAGGAGGUUAAAGAACUUGAAAGGCUUAAGGAACAUGCUUGUCCUUGUCAAAUUAAGCAAACUACCGAUGGUACUGCUGGAAAAGUCAAUAUUCUCUUACAAGCAUAUCUAUCAAAUGCCAAUGUUGAAGAUUUUGCCUUAAUAUCUGAUUCAGCGUUUGUAGUACAGAAUACUAGUCGCAUAGUCCGAGCUUUAUUUGAAAUUGCUUUGAAUCGUAAUUGGGCUCAGGUUUCUUCCACUUUAUUAGAAUUAUGUAAAUGUAUUGACAAGCGUAUGUGGACGUUUGAGAAUCCUUUGGCUCAAUUUAAAGUGCCUCGAGAAAUUAUAAUGAAGCUUCAAAAUAAUCCACACACCCCUUCAUUAGAGGACAUGAGAGAUAUGUCCGCGGCUGAACUUGGACUAUUAGUAAAGCAGAAUAGCAUGGGCGCUUAUAUUUCUAAAUGUUUAGACAUGUUUCCAAUGCUCAAGUUGGAAGCACAAGUUGCACCUAUUACACGUAAUAUUCUACGAGUAACUCUUAGUAUUACUCCUGAUUUCGUUUGGAAUGAUCGUAUUCAUGGUAUUGUAGAACCAUGGUGGAUAUUCGUCGAGGAUUCUGAAAAUGUCGAGUUAUAUCAUUCAGAAUAUUUUAUAUUAAACAGGAAGCAACUUGAAGAAACUCAAAAGAUUGGAUUCGCAAUUCCAAUCCAAGAAUUACCUCCUCAAUUAUAUAUUCGUGUCAUAUCAGAUAGGUGGAUAGGAGCUGAGGCAUUUCUUCCAGUUUCGUUAAACCAUCUAGUUUUGCCUGAAAAUUAUCAUCAACAUACAGAAUUGUUGAGUUCACCUCCAUUACCUGUAACUGCUCUUAAAAACAAAUCACUUGAAGAGAUAUGUUCUAAGAGAUUUUCUCAUUUCAAUCCUGUACAGACUCAGGUAUUUGACACUCUUUAUAAUUCUUCAACCAAUGUAUUGAUUGGCGCACCCACAGGAUCAGGAAAAACGGUUACUGCUGAGUUAGCAAUGUGGUGGGCAUUUCGUGAACAUCCACGUUCCAAAGUCGUUUACAUCGCUCCAUUAAAAGCUUUAGUUCGUGAGCGUGUAGAUGAUUGGCAAGCUAGAUUAACCGGUCCAAUGAAAAAACGACUUGUAGAAUUAACAGGAGAUGUUACUCCGGACUUGCGUUCUAUUGAAAAAGCCGACAUCAUUAUUACAACUCCUGAAAAGUGGGAUGGUAUAAGUCGUAGUUGGCAACAUAGAAGUUAUGUCCAAGCCGUAUCACUUGUGAUUAUUGACGAAAUUCAUUUACUCGGUGGUGAUAGAGGACCUAUAUUAGAGGUUAUUGUAUCACGAAUGAAUUAUAUCAGUUCUCAAAACGAAAAAAAGGUUCGCAUUGUUGGGUUAUCAACAGCUUUAGCAAAUGCUCAGGACUUAGCAGACUGGUUGUGUAUUGAUGAGUGUGGACUGUUCAAUUUUAGUCAUUCAGUACGUCCUGUUCCAUUAGAUAUUCAUAUUGAAGGAUUUUCUGGCAGGCACUAUUGUCCUCGUAUGGCUACUAUGAAUAAACCAACCUUUAUUAAUAUUAUGAGACAUUCUCCUAUAAAGCCUGUAAUUGUGUUUGUUUCAUCAAGACGUCAAACACGUCUGACAGCUCAGGAUUUGAUUGCGUAUUGUUGCUUGACUGAGAAUCCUCAUCAUUUUUUGAGAAUGACUGAAGAAGAAUUACAAAUCAAUUUAUCUCAAAUCAAGGAUAGUAGCAUGAAAAGUACUCUUACUUUUGGCAUUGGGUUGCACCAUGCUGGAUUAACUGAAAGUGAUAGGAAGAUUGUGGAAUUAUUAUUUUUGCAACAAAAAAUUCAAGUUUUAGUUGCAACUAGCACCUUGGCUUGGGGUGUGAAUUUGCCUGCUCAUUUGGUUGUAAUCAAAGGAACCGAAUUCUAUGAUGCCAAGUCUAAAGGAUAUGUAGAUUUUCCUAUUACUGAUGUACUCCAAAUGAUGGGUAGAGCUGGUCGUCCACAAUUCGAUGAUAGUGGUGUUGCUUGUAUAUUUGUACAAGAUUCAAAAAAGAAUUUUUAUAAAAAGUUUUUGUAUGAACCUUUCCCGGUAGAGUCCAGCUUACAUAUGCAGCUUGAAAAUCAUUUCAAUGCUGAAAUAGUAGCUGGUACCAUAAAGUCUAGAAAAGAGGCCAUGAUAUAUCUUUCUUACACUUAUUUAUAUCGUAGAUUACAACAAAAUCCAGCUUAUUAUGAAUUAAAAGAUGCCGAAUCCAAAACUAUUGACGAUUAUCUAUCAAAGCUGUUUGAAAAUUCUAUGAAACAGCUGAAUCUCUCUGGUUGUAUUGAAGUGGAUGAUGAAUUUAAUGUGGAACCGACUUCCCUUGGCAGGCUCGCAUCAUAUUAUUAUCUUUCACAUAAAACGGUCAGACUCAUCCGAGACCAUAUUAAAAAUGAUUCAACUAUCCGAGAUAUUUUAGGAAUAUUAUGUAAUUCAGACGAAUAUUCUGAGCUUCCUGUUCGACAUAAUGAAGAUCUCCAAAAUCAAGAAUUGGAAAGGGAACUUCCUUGGUCUGUUCAAUCUCAUCAUCCAUAUGACAGCCCACACGCGAAAGCAUUUUUGCUUUUGCAGGCUCACCUUGUAAGGACAAAAUUGUCAAUAGCUGAUUAUGUUACAGACACUCUGUCGGUUUUAGACCAAGCAAUUCGUAUUUUACAGUCAAUUAUUGAUAUUACUGUCGAAAAUAAAAUGUUAACAACAUGUCUUCACACAAUGUCAUUAUUACAAUGUAUUAAGCAGUCAUGUUGGCCUGAAAAGUCAUCAUUGCUGAAUCUUCCUGGAAUUGAAGAUCAUAUGAUUAGUUCAAUUCUUCAUGAGGGGAAUGUUGUCACAUGCCUAGGCGAAAUAUUGGACCUUACAGAAGAGGAGUUGGCUAAGAUUUUCAAAAACGUUAGCGGACUUUCCGAACCUGAUGUAGAAAAGAUUUGUAAAGUCGUCAACAAAAUUCCUCUGAUAGAUAUUGGUUAUCAUAUUACUCCAGAUAAAGGUUCGUUGACUCCAAAGGAGGAGCGCACGUUAGUAGUUUCUUUGAAAAGGGUAAAGAAUAUAUCAGGAUAUGAUGGUAAAAUUUAUGCGCCUAGAUUUUCAAAAGCACAAAAUGAAUCAUGGUGGUUGGUAGUUGGAGAUAUAUCAGCCGACAGCAUAAUCGAUAUGAAAAGGGUUAAUAUGCGUAAUGGACCUUUUGGAGAGUUUUCUAAUGAACAAACGUUCAAAUUGAAGUUGAUCGCACCAGAGAGGGGAGGAUCUCAUCACUACACGAUAUUCCUUAUUAGUGAUGGUUACUUAGGAAUAGAUCAACAAUAUGACGUUAAAUUUCAUGUUCAAGAUGUUCAAGAUGUUAAAGUCGUUAAAGAGAUGAAUUGA